AUGCUGCAGGCUAACGGUACAACGGACAAUACGAAAGCCGUGAAUUUGGAGAAAGACAACAGUUUGAAUUCCGUCGGGGAGAUGACGACUGAUGAAAGUGAACUCCCUGAAAUAAGAGCUAAUUCGAGCCUGAACAAGAGAAAUGCACCGGGUUCUGCCAAUUCUGUGUCUUCGCUAUUUGGAGUGACUUUAAAGCCACUUAAGCUGUCAUCAACCAAAUCGGAACACUUACCGGAGCUUUCUCCUAUCAAAACUAUCAUUGGAGUUUCUCAUCAGCAAAUUUUGACAGCUGACUUAUCAGACGUCAAGAUCAAAACCAUUAUGAAUGCACCUUCCAUGUCAAAAUACGCUUCCAAUUGUAUGAAAUUUGUUAAAAAAUAUGAAAAUGAAAUCUUUGACAACUACAAUUUGAAGAAACAAUUUCUUAUCUUGUGCUUCAAUGUUGCACUUUAUGAAUCGAAUGGAUUUAAAAAGUCGGUACUGCAAUACCCAGAUAUCCUUGAUAAUUUUGGUCAUUACGACGAGCUCAAUCUAACAAAUACACAUACGGCAAUCACUGUUUCUGGAAAGGAGCUGCAUCGAAAUACUCUAGAUUACUCGAUGUUUGCAUAUUUUGGUCACAUUUUGAUUUGGGCGUUGCAUUUGCAACGAAGAGCAAAAGCUUCUCUUUUCACUGACGAGUAUAAUGUAUCUAUCAGCCCCAAUGAAAUCAAGAUGAAAAUUGGCGGACUUCAUUUGUGGGACAGGAUCUUUCGCGAGUUGAAAGGGAUGAAUGCCAAGAGAUGGAAACACGUGCUAAAGUUUAGAAAUAUGUUUGCAUUGGAAGAGGAUCAGUUUAUGGUUAUCCUAAGGUUUAUGAGAAUUACCAAUAUCCCUUAA